UGGUCGUUGUCAUGUGAUCGGGCUGAUCCAACCUCGGCACCAAAUCGAAAGGAGCUGCUUCUGAGUGCAGUUACCCAGUGUCUUGGUGCUGUGGACAGGCUUUCACUUGGAGCAAUGGAACAAACAAUAAAGGACAAAAGAAAGGAAUUCAUCAGUGUGUGGGUGCGAGAUCCAAGAAUCAAGAAAGAAGAUUCAUGGCACUCCUAUGUAGAUUAUGAAAUUUGUGUUCAUACUAAUAGUAUGUGUUUCACAAAGAAGACUUCCUGUGUUCGAAGACGUUACAGAGAAUUUGCUUGGCUCAGGCAGCGACUUCAAGACAAUGCUGUAUUGAUAAGUUUACCAGAGUUCCCUCCUAAAAGUCCUUUUUUUAGUGCCAAUAAUGCCCAACAUGUUGAGCAACGUCGUCAAGGCCUCCAAGACUUUCUAGAGAAAGUAUUGCAGAUCAACAUCCUCCUUUCAGAUAGCAGAUUGCACCUCUUCUUGCAGACACAGCUAAACCCUACAGAGAUUGAGGCCUGUGUCUCGGGUCAGACUGACUACACGGUUGAUGAUGCAGUUCAUAGGCAUGCCACUUCUAACCGAAGGUUCCCUGUAGAGGAAGCAUAGAAAGUAAAGAUCUGUUUAUAUUUAAACUGCGAAAGCACUUCAUCCUCGGGGCUUGGAAAUGGCAGCAAUGACAACAACGCAAAGCCGUAAAAGAUGAACAUUGCGAGUACCUGUUUUGUGGCUCAUUUUUUGCUUUGGGCAUGUGUUCAGAAUCUACAGUCCAGACUGCUGAUUAUUCCAAAUGUAUACCUCCAAAUGGACCUCAUUCACAGAAGAUAUUUGUGAAAGCCCAUUCUGAUGCACUGUUUUUCUUCUUGGACAGGAAAAUAUUUAUUUGUGUCUACAGUGAAAAUUGCUGUUAACUUUCUGAUAUGAGAUGCUGUAUUUGUAAUUACAGCUUCUGGGGUGAAGAGGUGUAGGACAUAUACAAUUGCAGUAAGCAUCAGAAUAACUAAUUGAAAUGAGUUUUAAAACAAAAACUAUUAGGAGUAGUCAAAUAUAUAUUUUUUUAAACUUAACUCCUAACUAAUCUAAAACUUGGAUCUUCUGAUUGCAAUGUAUGUUUGUGGGGUGAAAGGGAGAAAUGUGCAUUCUAUUCACAGCAAUCCCACUGCUACAGAGGUCUUUCAUACAAGAGCUGCUCUUUCUUGGAAGAACAUAAUGUGAUGCGUGGGGGAAAUGUCAUCCGAUCAUUCAUAAAUCACUCCUAGGCAGAUUUUAUGCUAAUUAAUCACUCAGUGUCUUGAUUUAGUAACAUGCUUGCCAUAGAAACUUUUGAUUUCAGCCUGUAAAUUUAGUUGUUACUUGAUUAGGAUGGGAAAAUUCACUGGUUAAAACCCUAAACAGUAACUUUCAGUAUUGGUUAUAGCUUAACCUUACGUUAAGUAAUAGUGCACUGAGAUCCAUUAAAGCAGCUUGGUUUUUUUUGAAAACCCAAACUCAAAAUAUUUAACGCUUAUAGUUUUACACCUGUAUACCUUAAUAACGUAAAGCUGGCCACUUUCUGUUUACUGCACUCAUGAUUGAGUUACAUCAUUGAGAUUAAAUUUGUAUUGUACUCGACAAUGUUAGAGAAUUGUUCAUUUGAUUUAAUGACUUGAAGUGCUAUUUUAACUGUAUAGAAGAAAUUUUGGUUGUGUUGACUGUCAGUUUGACUCUGACUCUGUUAAGAAAAUGUAUUCUUGCUCCUUCCAGCAAGUAUUCUUGGUCUUCAAAUUGUUUAAAUACCUGGUACAGAUAGUAAUUCUAUUCCACCCCCCCCCCCAAGCAGGAAGUUAGCAAGAUUGAUUUCCCAGUUUUGGCAGAGGUGGAGAUGAGAUGGGGUGCUGCAAUUAUUCAGAGCACCCCUGGGGUUGCCUGGCUCCCUGCUCCUAAUAGUUAGCAAUUGCUACCAGGAAGUUAUGUGUUGGCAUUGGAUAAGGACAGAAUCUGUUCUGAUACCCUUCUGAACAACCAGCCAGCCAGUAACUAGUUCCAGGCUUUCUCAUGAAAAUGGCCACUAGGUUGAGGGAACAGAGGGAGACUACUGCUUGUGGAAUCUUGACCUAGUAGGAAGCAAAUACCUUUUUAUGGAAGGGAAAGGAUUGGGAAUGUGAUGGAAAUCAGCUUUUUAAACAAAAAAAAUCCACCAGUGUUCAUAAUUUACUAUUUUGAAGAUAGUUAAUUAAUGUGCAACUUUAACAUUCUACCCAAAAAUAUAACAAGAUUUAAUAAAUCAUGAUUUGAUUAUGGAUUUAAAAAAAUAACUUAUUUAUAUCCUGUGUUCUAUGGAUAUUCAUCUUUGAACCACUAUAUACUCCAGGAGCUUAAUUAUUUAACAACUUGUCCUCAGAACAAUUUGCUUUGCCCUUCUUUUCCAUCCUGAUCUUAUCAAGAAAAUUGAGAUGUUCAAGAUAAACAGUCACUACCUAGAUUAUUUUGGUUACAUUGCUGCCUCAGUAUUUUAUUAAAAUAAAUCAAUACGAAUAAUCUAGUUAGAUUGGUGAAACCGGGUUUAGUGCUGAAUUGGAUUUUCUCUUGUUACUAAAGGCUAUGGUUUAAUAAUGCUCAAAUAAUUAUUUUCUGUUCUACUAAAUAAUGCAAAAAAAAACUUUUGGGAGCUGUAAGGCUCUGGUCUGAGUGUUACGAAAAUGAUCAUUAUUUGUCUCCCUGAUGCUGUGAAUCUGAAUUUGUCUGUCAUUUUUUUAAUAGCUGCAAUGUAUUAUUUGUUUAGCCUGUUGGCCAUGAUAAUGUUAUCUGUGAGAGCUGGAAAAUAAACUCUGCAAUCUGGAUUAGUUUUGUAGGAAAAUGUUUGGACCAUGUAAAAAGAAGCUGGAACUUCACUAGAUGGCUCAUAGUGUGCUCUGCUUCACUUGAUCUGUGCAAAAGUUUGUCCACUAUGGACUCUUAUUCAAAAGUCAAUGUUUACAAGAAUUGUGCACUACUGUACUUUUUUAUUACUUUAAUAAAUUUAUCAAAAUGUGA